AAUAUUUCAAUAACUAUAAACGCCCUCUCCACUCUCCAGUUGCAACCUUCAAUAUUCACCUAAACAACGAGUAACAAUAAUUUCAGCAUCAAAAAACGAUUAAUAACAAUUUGUCGAAUUAACUCCAUCUUCAACCAUAAUCUCAAAAAUCAAGAUGAGUAGAACUUCAAGAUCUUCAACUCAACCCCCAAUCAAAAAUGGCGAUGAUUACGAUGAAUCAAACUACAAAGAAGAGGAAGAUGAUGAUGAUGUGUUUAUGAAGUUUCACAAAGCUAUUCGCAACACCAUUGAUGACGACGACGAUUCAAAUGCUAAAGUUCGUUGCAUUACCUUUUAUUCUCACCGGCGCCAUUCUAACAAAAGUGAACACUCAGGAAGGUCAGAACAGAAGAAUAAGGCAGCAACUAUAAGGAAGCAGCUGAAAGCAGGAUGGGCUUUAGAUGAUCUAAUUGGUAAACAAUUCAAGCACUCUGAUCAAGCCAUGAUCCCCACCAAAGUCGAGGAUGUUUCCCAACUACUCGCACCCAUAUGGACCCCACCAAUCGAAAUGGUUGCAGUCGGCUGGCUAGGGGAUUGGAGACCGUCUGCCAUCCUCGAACUUCUUAGAUCCGAGACAAGAUCAGCUGAGAUUGGUAGGAUCGUAUCACAGCUCAUUCGUGAAACUCGUAUUGAGGAGGCUAUUAUCGACGAAGAGAUGGCCGAGAUUCAAGCCACGUGUAUCCUCCAUCUUCCGUUCGUGCAAACUAACAAGCCCACUAGGCCCACUAGUACCUCAUUCAUGGGCCCGAUGGGCUGUGUUCAAUCUCAGCUCAAUAAGAUAAGGGUAGUGAUAACCAAGGCUCAACAACUAAGGAACAAAGUGUUGGAGCUUAUCAUGAAGAAGGUGCUGAACCAGGCCGAUGCAGCGGACUUCUUAAUUGCAUUUUCUGGUAUUCAAGAUGUUAUUCAUCAGUUUUCUGUUCGGAAAAAGUUGAAAAAAGGUCCAGUUUAUGUCUCUACCAAAGCCUUGGCAACUGUUUGAGUGAGAAUUGGUGCAAAUUUGUGCAGAACACUGACUUUCUGAUGUGAAUAUGACUGAGUAAUAGGUAAUGAAUUACAGUUAGGUUGUACUUAGAAAAUUUUCUGUCACCAAGUCUGGUAACAGGUGACAGUUUCAGAUCUGUAUACAGUUUCUGCAGAAGAGGGUGUAAAGAUAUUGUUCUGUAAGGUAGAGUCAUAGACAGAGUCUAUAAGAUGUAAAGCAAAUGCUUGAAAACCUUUAUUUUCUGAUAAAAAAAAGUCGCAAAGUUUGAACUCUUAACAAAUUAUUGCACAGAUUUGCAUUUCAGAGUGUUCUUAUUGAGGUUGA